AUGCCACCACCACCUGCGCCGGUUUUCUCUGGUCGGAGUACAAACCCUAGAAAUGGUUUCGUCGCCGGCAAGGAAUCGUCUCCUACUGGAUUCUUCUUUCCUUCCAGGAAUCUAGAAGAUCGAUCAACCAACGGAUCACCAUCAAGGAACAUGUCCAGAUUGGUUGGCUCAAAGAGAUCUCCACCAUCUUCAGACCAAAUAGAGAAGAGAUCAAGCCUUAGAGAUCAGAACCAGAGACAAAACGGGUUCGAUCAUAACCACCAGAGAGUGAACAGAUCAGAAUCAACUGCUCAGGGUCAUCAGGAGAUGGCCACAAACAUCAAUGGAGAGAGAGAGAAAACAACAACAACACAAGUGGGAGUGAUAGAGUGGCCAAGGAUUUACAUUGCUUUGUCUAGAAAAGAAAAAGAAGAAGAUUUCUUGGUUAUGAAAGGAACUAAGCUUCCUCAUAGACCCAGGAAACGACCUAAGAACAUUGAUAAAGCCCUUCAGUAUGGUUUUCCAGGGAUGUGGUUGUCUGAUUUGACCAAGAACCGUUAUGAUGUUAGGGAGAAGAAAAACGUGAAGAAGCAACAGAAACGGAGAGGAUUGAAAGGAAUGGAGAAUUUGGACACAGAUUCUGAGUAA